AUGGAGACAUAUUUGCUAGUCGCCAUCUUUUUGGCUGCAGUCUUUCUUGUCAAUCACAAAACCUCUCCCAAGGUUCCCUCCACUAUACCACGACUUCAAGAUUCAUCCCCCUUUCUUCCAUUCAAGCUUUACUGGCGUUAUCUCACUGAUUGUCGUAGACUAUUUCUCGAAGCAUAUCAAGAAUUCACCAAAGAUGGGAAAACAUGUGUUCUACCAAGUAUGGGCUUCAAAGAUGAGAUCCAUCUAGCACACCAUCAUACCCAAUGGGCAGCUUCACAGCCAGAUGGUGUACUCAGCCCCUUUGAAGGGUUCCGUGAAAUUGACAAGGGAGAUUGGAAUUCCGGUCAUGCCAGCUACAUCCAAGACCCAUGGCAAAGUAUCGUCAUCAAAAAGGAGAUGGGUCGUUUCCUAGAGAUACUCGCUUCUGAAGUGGACGAUGAGUUGAAAUAUGCUGUACCUGAAUAUGUGAAGCCUGGUCCAAAUGAUGAGCUCGAUGUCUAUGAAUCCAUGAAAUGGAUUGUAGCUCAAGUUUCUAGUCGUUUCACUGUUGGUCUUCCUCUCUGCCGUGACAAGAACUAUCUCAAAGAUUCUCUCGCUUUUGCGGACUUGUUCAUAUUAAACUCUGGUCUUUUGAUUUACACUCCUUCUCUCCUCAAACCUAUCAUUGGGUUCCUCAUCACUCUACCAACACGGUAUAACCGAUGGAAAAUCCAAAAGCACAUUCAGCCUCUUUACGAGGAGCGCACCAAACAUCUGUUGAACCCUGAGCUCUAUGAGAAGAGCGAAGAGCCAACAGACAACCUGCAAAUGAUGAUGAAAUACGCUAUCAGCAAGUACGGCAACCAAGUCACUCCCUCUCAAAUCUCCGACAGGCUGUGUCUUGCGAAUCUUGCAUCCUUUCAUCAGACUGCUGUUGCGACAAGUAAUGUUUUGAUCAACAUUGCCGCCUCCAAUGCAGAGUUCAACACCAUAGAAGUCAUCCGAAAGGAAAUGGCUGAAGUCCUUGGUGAAAAAGGCGUGUUUGACAAAGCCGCCGUGUCAAAGAUGGUUCAGACCGACAGUGUCCUACGAGAGUCUAUGAGAACCCACGGAUUCGGAAACAGAGCCAUGAUCCGCAAGGUAGUUUCGCCAGCUGGAGUAAAAACACCAGAUGGUCAAACUCUUCCCAGCGGUUCAACCAUGUCCAUUCUUUCGUAUCCUGUCCACAAUGACCCAACCAUCUACGAGCACCCUGAAAAGUUCCACCCUUUCCGUUUCUCUCAGUUGAGAACUGAAGGAAACGGUGCAAACCUGUCAUUUGUAUCUACAUCUCCUACAUAUUUACCCUUUGGCCACGGAAAGCAUGCUUGUCCGGGACGGUUUCUGGUGGACUUUGAGAUGAAGAUGAUCUUAUAUCACGUCUUGAAGGAAUUUGAUAUUGAGCUUCUUCCUGAACAUAAUGGCGUGCGACCGGAGAGUCAAUGGGUGACAGAGGCUGUUAUGCCACCUGUGGGAGUUAAGCUGCGAUUUAAGAAGCGAGAGCUUGCAUGA